CUUCCGGUUCAGACGGUGUCGUUUCUAUGUUUACUUCCUUGUUACUUCCGUGUCAACAACAAAUUAAAUGGAUGAGCUAGGACCACCUGCAGACUGGCAGUGUGAUCUUUCCCUACUCCAAAGCCUGGAACAUCUUUACUCGACAGGGAUCGUCAGUGAUGUCACCUUCGUGGUCGGAGAUACACGGAUUAAUGGCCAUACAGUGAUCCUGAUGGCCAGGAGCUCUGUAUUCUACACCAUGUUAACACAGCCUCACAUUAAAUCAUUGGAAGUCAAUGUCACAGACACAGAUGUGGAUACCUUUACUGUAUUUCUCAGGUACCUAUACACAGACACUAUAACAUUAACAGUAGACCUGGCGACUUCUAUGUUACCUGUGGCACGUCGUUAUCGCGUGAAUCACCUCUCGAAGAAGUGUGAGACAUUCCUACAGGCCCAAACGUUACACAAGGUGUCGUCAGUCGAUUCUUCAACACAAAAUGAGCAACACUUACAGCAGAACCAGCUAAACAAGGAUGUACAUACAAAUUCUGAAACAGUGAAAGACGUGGUUACAACUGUCAAGAUUUCAACUACAAAAGGAAAAUCAACACACCCCUCACAGUUUGUGUGUAACAUAUGUGGGAAAAUAUACAGGUUUAGAAAGAAAUAUAUAGCUCAUAUGUCGAUGCACCCCACGUACACUCGGCACCAGUGCAACGUGUGUGGAAACACGUUCUCCAGCAACGGACAUCUGAAGCGACAUCUCAAAAUACAUACAGAGCAGAAACAGCACAAAUGUGAUAUCUGUGACAAACACUUCCAUGACCUUGAUCGACUGAAGAGACACCAUCGUAUACAUUUAGGAGAAAAGCCGCACAUGUGCGACAUAUGUGGUAAAAAGUUCAGCGAGGCAGGCAACCUUCGUAAACACCACAUGAUUCACACGAACGUGAAACCGUUUAUUUGUGAGAAAUGCGGGAAGGGUUACUCGGUGCAGUAUGAAUUGAAGCAGCACCUUAAGGCCCACGCCCGCGAGAAACCAUACAAGUGUGACAUAUGUCGAAAAGGAUUCGAUCAGCCGGAAACUUUACUGAGUCACACAGUUGAACAUAUAGGAAAGAAACUGAACAAGUGUGAUAUAUGUGGGAAAUUCUACAGCAGGGAGUCAGCACUUAAGGUACAUCGCAGGGUCCACACGGGGGAGAAACCCUACAAGUGUCCCAUGUGUGGAAAAGUGUUUACCAACUCUGGUGAUAGACAGCGACAUAUCAAGAUACAUACUGGAGACAAGCCACACAAAUGUAAUGUCUGUGGGAAAGGAUUUACUGACAAAAAAUACCUCAGGACUCAUACAAGGACACACAGGUCACUACAGACAACACCUAUAUCUGGUAUAAAGAUGGCCAGUGACCCAGUUGUGCCUGUUGCCAACGACGACUGGCAGAGUGUCGGAACCCAAACCCAUGCUGACUGGCAGGGUGACAGAACACUAACUCAGUGUCUCGAUUAUCUCUUUACCUCCGGCAUGCAAAGCGACGUUACAUUUGUGGUCGGAGAAUCCAAUGAUAGAAUUUCAGCUCACCAAAUCGUCCUCAUUUCCAGAAGUCCUGUAUUCUAUGCCAUGUUAGCUGAUCAGCAGUCCAGCUCAUGGGAGAUAACUAUGUUUAAUACAACCAAGAAUAUGUUCACUGUAUUUCUCAGGUACUUAUAUACAGACUUGAUAGAACUGACCAUUGAAGCCGCCACGUCUAUUCUACCCAUAGCCAGACAAUACGCUGUCAGCCAUCUUGUGAAGAAAUGUGAACAGUUUAUCCACGAAAGCAUUGUUCAUCAAAAAGUAUGUUGUGUGACCAUGUAUAAGGAACCAGCCGAGGUACAGCUGCUGUAUUCCCAAAACAUGGAGGAUCUGACAUCAAGGAGAAAAGAUGUAAACAGUGAAACCUCAUCAGCAGAGAAAGUGAAGAAUGAGAAGUGUAUAAAUGAGGAGAUGUUAGAAUCUGGUCAUGCAGCUGAACCCUCAAAGUUUCAAACUUCCUUCACCUGUAUGUAUACUGGUUUAGAGAGGAUAUCAUCAUGCAGUGUAUGUCUACAUGUUAGAGGAAACAUUGACGCCAGAGUGUUGGAGAAUGAAAGGUCACUGUUAAAAAGUUUCAUUGGUAACAGAGCAAGUACCAAAACAGUUGAAGGUGGAUUGUUCCAGCAAAAGAAGAUGGAAUCUGAAGAAAAGAAGUCAUGUGUAAAAGAGACAUUAAUAUACAACAUUGAUGACAAAAUGUUGAUUCAGUCAGACAGGAUGGACCAUAAAGAAAAAAAGGCAAAUUUCAGUCCCUACAGGUGUACUGUAUGUGGUCAACAGUUUUAUCUCGAAAAGAAAUUUAAAAUUCAUCUGGGAAGGGAGCAUGGAGAGAAGGCCUACAUAUGUGAUAUUUGUAAGAAAGCGUUCAGUCGACCACACGGACUGCGUGUCCACUACCGGGUACACACGGGGGAGCGUCCAUUUGUCUGUCCGGUGUGUAGUAAGGGGUUCUCUGAUCAUAGCGGGUUACUGAGACACAGUGUCGUACACACAGGUGAGAAACCCUACACUUGUGAUGUAUGUAGCGAGGCCUUUACCCAGAUUGUUACGCUCCGUAAACAUAAGUUAGGCCACACGGGAGAGAGGCCACACAGGUGUGACAGGUGUGGGAAAGGGUUUAAAUGUAAAGCAGAGCUCGGCCAGCACCUAGAGGUCCAUCAGAGGGAAAAACCACACAAAUGUGACCUUUGUGAGAGACGUUUUGAUCUUACUACCAAACUACAGGAACAUGUAGAAGCACACAAAACAAAGAAGCUAAAACAGUGUGAAAUUUGUGGUAAAUUUUUCACACGUGUACAACUUAAUGUCCAUCUUCGGACUCAUACAGGCAAGGGAGAUAAGCCAUGUGCAGACUGUGGUAAAUUGUUCAAGAAAUCAAGUCAUUUAUUGGAGCACCGUCGAAUACAUACCGGGGAAAAACCAUGUAUGUGUUACGUGUGUGGUAAGGUGUUCACUCAGAGUGCAACUCUACGGAAACACAUCAGAAUACACUGCAAAACCAAAUCAAACAUCAACCAGCCGGCUUUGGAUUCUGAAUUGGGUAGACUGAGCCUUUGAUGCAAACUUUGGAGGAAACGUGGCUGAAAAUUAAAUUAUCUAGAUCUUUAACAUAUAACAGGAUAUUUUCAUCCCAUUUCAUUUUUUGCACAUCAAUGAGAGAGCAUUUAAACAUAGGAUGUAAAAAAUAUACAUACAUGUGUUAUCAGCAAUGUCAGUCUAUAUUUGUUGGGGACUCCUCACUGGGCAAAUUGUUUCAAAAAUUGGAUGAUGCAAAUUAUUGUAUUCAAAUGUAAAAACUUAAAACUUAAAGAGAACAGGUGUUUGAUCGACAGUAAUCAGAAAUCUAUACGUCACACUGGCGCUGAUGUCUUUCAGAGAGUUUAGCUCAAUAUAGUCAGUGGCACAACGGUGUUACAACACACAUUGCUCAGACAUUAUAAUGAUGUCACAAUAAAAACAACAACAGGCAUAUGGGACUUGAAUUGUUCAUCUGUUUUGUUUUUUUAUAAUAAAAAAAACAUGUGUGUAGCAGACUGGGAUGGGUAGAUUGUCAGCGACCCGGUGUAGCUCAAUUGGUAGAGCGUCCUUCUAGAGUUCGGAGGGUCCUGGGUUUGAACCCCGGUCUGGCCAUUGCAUUUCUUUUUUUCCUGUUACAUGUGUAUAUAAUAUCUGAUACACUUUUCAACCAAACCUGACAUGGGUACAAGUACAUGUGUACUGAAGAAAUCAACCAAACAGAGCAGUUUAGACACCUGGCCCCAGUGGCUCAAAGGUUGGCUAACAUUAACCAGUGAUUGGUGAAAAAAAUCAUACUGCUGCCAAAAAGAAACAAGGGCUUUCUAUUAAAGCAAACCAAUUCAAUCAAUCUGAUCUGUCUCAACCAAUAUAUAUUGGUGAAAUGAUAUCAAA